CGGAUAUUCGCUACUCAGAGGGUGCCGCUUUUUUGUACUCUUAGGUCUUGAGGAAAUUCACCACCGAGAGGGGAGUCCACUGGCUUGGCCCGGCCAGCCCUCUUGGGAGCCCGCCUUUGGGCUGCUGGCCAAGUCUUUUUAUAUCUCGCCCAGCGCUCCUGCCUCCCACCUCUGAUGCCCCCUCUCUCGUCUUUAUUUCUCCUGCCACUCCUACGCACACCAGCUAUAUUUUUCAAGACUUGUAUUCGAUUUUGUUUUUCGCAGCCCGCCUCGCCUACCAGAGUCCUGCAGUAUUUACGCAGCAAAGCGUCCUUCCCAGACACCGCAGCUACUACCCUCUCCGUGGAAACCGCAGGGUGCAGCCUUCGGUUCAUUUCAUUUCUUAGGCUCGCUCCGUUUCUAUCUUUUCAUCUCCUCCUGCCUUCCAGUUACGACCGACUUUUCUCAUCGAUUCGCAACUGCCUAUUAAUUACGUGUUCUGAGAACCGAACUGUGCCACGUGCUUCUGACCGCGUACAGUUUCUACCUGGCCUCCCUCCCCGAUCCCUUGCACCGCCUGCGCCUUCGGAGACAGCAGCCGCCCGCAGAACCAUUUAUACGCCCGGGACUGAUCAAUCAGUGUCUAUUCGGUAGCGGACUAUCGCAAAGAACCAAUCCAGCAGAAGGUAUGUUCCGCACCUGUGCUUUUCCUCCUAUUUACCGAAACCCUAUUUUGGACCUGCGGUGCUCUGUUCCCGGGAGCCGGAUCCCUUUAUCUGGCGGUCCUGGCUCGGUUUGGUUCAGCAGCAUACGUGGCCAGCA